AUGCAACCGGAAAAGGACGGCGACUGGGCUUACUUCAAGGAGCUGGCUGAAGCGGAACGGUUGAAUCAAAUUCCUACCAUCAAUUGUAGCAAGGACGCCGCCGUGAGCAAAGUGAUGGUCAUAAGUCACCUUGAAGCAAAUGCCAUACAGGGCACCAGAUUCCGCCUCGACGUAGCGUGUCAGAGAAUUGCCUUUGUCCUGUUCAUUAACGUUGCGAUAUUCUUGAAGUGUUCUCCCGCUGCAAAGGACUUGGACCUGAAGGCCAGGACAGUCUGGAAGGAAUACCAUUGA